AUGGACCGCUUGUCGACAGAACUCAAAAGGAGACUACGUACAGGUGGUACAAAAUCAGUGAUAGAUCACCUAGAAGAUGUCUUGAGAUCGAGAAACAACACGGAAUACUCCAGGAUCAAGGAUGUGGUCAUCAGGUUCAUCAUAGAAGAGCAAGAUGAGCUGGAGAACUGUGCGGCUCAGCUUGAAGAUUGCCUAAGGAAGAACGGUAUAACUGUGGACGAUACAAACAAGAUUGUUCCACGUCACCGCAAAGACAAAGCUCUAGACGGAAUCGGAGGCCGUUGGGGUCAUGAUUAUAUUGAACAUUAUCACUGGCAUGCCAAACGCGUCCACUUUCUCGAAGACUUAGCCAGUAUAUCUCGGAAAACACCGUGGGAAAAGGCUGUGGAAUUGUUCAAUCUCCUUAGACAUCUAAGCGGGUCCAGCGGCGACGGUGCAAGGGAUCGAAUCAUAUCAGCUGCAAGACCUUCAGGAGGGUCAUCGAUUCUCCCGCUCGGGCGGAACGAGUUAGACAAGAAUGGAUAUGAAGUGGACAUUCAUGGUCUCAUCAUAGCAAGAAGCAGAUAUAACUCAGCUUCAUCAGGCAUGAGCGACUCAAUCGAAUACGCAGGCCUUCCGGACCCGACAGGGAUGAUUCCACAGACCGACAAUGCAGAUUGCACACCUGAAGGCUUGGGCGACAAUGCAGAUGAGGACCUUGACAACCGGUUCAACACUCCGACAGAGGUGACAUCAUCUGGUCGUAGCCCACAAAGUUGGUGUACCGGUGGUGGUCCUGAUGUGACGGACUUCGAGGGCCCGACAGGUGGCCCCACUGCUAUGCAGCCGCCCGGGACCGACAAAUCGCACCCCCGGACUGCAGACAUGGCCUCAACCCGAAGCGAGGGCUCUCUGAAAGACCUUUUCUGUGACAAGUUCCAGUUAUUGCAGCGGGACUUGGUUGAGAAUACAACAAAGACUCUGGAAAUGCAGGAAGUCCUCACCGCUAAGAUGCUCGCUGAGAAAACGUGUAAGCGCGAGAACAUACCUAUCCCACACAUGCAAGAGAGUAUCAUCUCUGGCCUCCAUGAGAGCUUAUCUAGGCAGCUGGCACAGUUCAAAGAAGGACUUGAAUUCACACGGUCUAGUUUAACCCAAGAACUUUCGCAACAAGUAAAUAUUCUUGACAAGAAGCUGGCUAGACAGAUCACAGCACAAACACUGAAAGAUCUCGAUGUAUUAUACAAGGCGACCAAUGACCACUUGCAACAGCUUUACAGAGCGUCGAGGGAUUGCAUCGCACAUGCUGGUGUAACCAAGGGAAUUGCUUCGGUGGGUUCAGCUAUGACAAAAACCUUGUCGAACACUUUGAAGAAGAAUAUGGCGGAGGCAUCUCAAAUCGACAGGCGGGAAUGCGAAAUAUUAGCCACUCAGAUGAAACAUGCUUUCAGCGAUGAAAACCGCGGUAUCCGUGAUCAUCAAGCGGCCAUUCUGACUGCAAUUGAAUCUCAGACCAAAGCAGUCAUCUCGACAAUGUCGACUGGACAGGCAUCUGUGACCGGCAUGGAUGAAGAAGUGCGGGAUCUUCGAAAAGACUUGGAGACUCUAAGAAGUACUUGCGCUAAGUCACGAGUUACAUAUACUCUGAACAGUCUGCCGGCUGAAGGAGAAGACACGGAGUAUGGGGUUGGAAAAUUCGAAGUCGGCAAGACUGGCCCGCCCAGUGAAGAUAGGGCAGAAGCUUUGGGGAACACUCAAAUCCAUCUCCAUGCUACUAACACAACUCGUGAUGCUGAUGUUGCAGGAUUGGCAAAAGAUACAGCAAGAACCAAGGAUUCAACUGUUAAAUCCUCUAGAGUGAGGCUACGCGUCAGUCCCUCUCCAUCGUCAAAAGAUCCUGGCGAUGAAUACCAACUUGAUGGACCAGGACCCGCGCAAUGCGCAGUACAAUUCUCAGAUCAUAUUUCCGCAUAUGUCGGGACUUCGAGCGCUCCAUUGGGAUUGGAGAAUGGUAUCGUAGACCUUGACAGCUCAGAAAUCAACGUUUGUAUCGCAUCAAUGGCGAUGACGCCGACCAGUGAACGUCAGAAAGAUCGCCAUAUAUUUACACCGGAUGACGAUGAGUCAGGCGAAACACUGAAACCAUCUGAAGCCGACAAGAUAGAUCCGAACCAGUCAACGGACGAGAGCAGAACGCGGAACGACAUCGACAGCUAUAAAAUCGUGGAUUGUGUUGUACACAACCUAGAUCGGGAGCCUUUUCGAGGCAACGACCGCAGCCACCCAUCUGAUGACGCUGUCCCUAGCAUCAUCCAGGACUUCGGUAGAGUGUCUAAUCGAGCAAAUAGACCGUGGCAGGUUCAUCAUUCAACUAGCACGUGGACGGAGAAUCAGAAAUCCGACCUCGACUUGGUGCUUAACACCGGGCUGUCAGAGCUCAGGAAUAUUGACUCAGAGACGGCAGAGGAAGUUUGGCCCGAUGGUCUUGAUGGAGAGCUCGCGAAGAGCGCAUCCGUGGCCACAUCUCCACAUUACCUGUUGAGUUCAGCUAAAGAUCCUGCAACAGUCGAUAUGGACACAUAUGUAAGCUCUGGUCUAGACAGACUGAAUUCGGGUCAACAGCGCAGCCCGAUAUCGGGAAGCGACUCCGACAUGUCUCUAUCGACUCGGUGUACUGAUGAGAAUUCUGGCGUUGUCAAGCGCUGA